AUGAGCGUACCACCUGGCGAGAAGCUCUUUUCUCUUCGUGUCAACAAAGAGAAAGAGAACAGGCCCUACGUGCAGCACCGGAUGGCGGCUAUCCUGGGCGGCGGCCCCAGUCCGGUACAACUGGGGCCUGCGAACGCUGUGAACUUGGGAAGGGCGAAGGGCAAGAACCCGGCCGCGAAUAUCAUGGGUGACGGCACAGCCGACCUGGUGCGCUGGGGGCUGCGUGGAAAGAAGGGGAAGAGCAUGCAGGACAAUCCGUUGAUAUCUGGCUUUGGGAGGUUGCGGCAUGAGUUAACUGGCGUCAGGGACAUACACAACUUUGACGCCUUGACGAUGCUCUACCCAUUUCUGCAGAUCAUCCAGACAAAAGGAACUGCUGCUCCAGUCACGAUUCUUGCCCUGAGGGCCAUACGAAAGUUUCUAGCGUACGGCUUCAUCUCCCCCGAGUCGCCUCGCUUCGCUGUGGCAAUGCAGUCCUUGUCGGCCGCCAUCACGCACUGUCAAUUCGAUAUAAGUGACGCGCCACAAGAGGAGGUGGUGCUGUUGAUGAUCUUGCAUCUGAUGGAGGACAUGCUGUCGGGGCCAGGCGGAGAUAUACUCAGCGACGAAAGCGUGUGCGACAUGAUGGGUCGCGGCCUCACCAUCUGCUCGCGGCCGAGGUUCUCGGAGGUCUUGAGACAGACGGCAGAGGCAUCGAUGGUAAGGAUGUGCCAGAUCAUAUUCGAAGAUCUGAAACACCUUGAAGAAGAGGCUGGGGAGGAGGUAGACGCACUGGACAAGAAGACGAACGGCGAUAUGGACACAGUGAGCAUGGACCCGUCGGCGAACGGCACCGACAUUCCAGCAACAGCUGCACCCUCUCCCUCACCAGAGCCAAAUCGUGCAGAGCCCCGGUCUUCCGAGUCUGGAAGCGCCCCAUCGACAGGUACUGGAGAAGCAGACCAGGCCACUCUAGCAUCCGAGGCUGGGACAGCGGACUCACUCGACCUGCGACCAUACUCUUUACCAUCAGUCCGCGAGUUGUUCAGAGUCCUGGUCAACUUCCUGGAUCCGCAUGACCGCAGGCAUCCUGACACAAUGCGAGUGAUGGCGCUCCGAAUAAUACACGUAGCCCUCGAGGUUGCCGGACCCUCGAUUGCUAAACAUCCCGCCCUCGCUUCCAUCGCCGAGGACCGUCUCUGCUGCUACCUAUUUCAGUUGGUGCGGUCCGACAACAUGCUGAUCCUACAAGAGUCUCUCCUUGUCGCCGGGACGCUACUGUCAACAUGUAGGGGAGUCUUGAAGCUGCAGCAGGAAAAGUUCCUGUCCUAUCUGGUGGCGUGCCUCCACCUGUCUUUUGAGAUUCCUCGAGAGGCCGGCAUUGACCCGUCGCUGUACGCCGGCAUCCCUCAAGCUCCCAAAUUGGUGAAACCCCCUCCGUCGCAAAUGAGUAGUGGUCGUUCGACUCCAGUUCUAAUCAAGGAUCGGCAGAAGCUGGGAUUGGAGGGUAGUGCGCGGAAGCCAGAUGCGAGGCAAGCAAUGGUGGAAAACAUCUGCGUGCUUGCCAGGAUGCCGACCUUCAUGGUAGAGCUAUUCGUCAAUUACGAUUGCGAUCCAAACUCAGCAGACUUAGGAGGUCGCCAAGUUUUUGAGGUCGACCACUCUCGUGUCGAAGAAGGUUCUCUGGGAGACUACCUUUCUAAGAGAGGUAACGAGGCAAUCCUCGAUGCCUUCAUAAACUCUUUCGACUUCGAAAACAAGCGUGUCGACGAAGCAUUGAGGUCCAUGCUCGAGUCAUUCCGCCUUCCAGGCGAAGCUCCUCUGAUCGAGAGGAUAGUAACCUCUUUCGCAGAGAAGUACUGUGCCAAUUCGAUACCUGAGGAUGUCGCAGAUAAGGACGCUGUCUACGUCCUCACUUACGCCAUCAUCAUGCUCAACACCGACCAACACAAUCCUAAUCUCAAAUCUGCGAAUCGCAUGACGGUGGAGGACUUUGCACGCAACCUACGUGGCGUGAAUGGGGGGAAGAACUUCGCCAUUGAGUACUUACAAGCGAUAUUCGACGCCAUCAAAACGAAUGAGAUCGUCUUGCCCGAUGAGCAUGACAACAAGCAUGCAUUCGAUUACGCAUGGAGGGAGUUGCUCCUGAAGACAGAAGCCGCAGGUCCUCUUAUAAUUUGCGAUACCAACAUUUACGAUGCCGACAUGUUUGCUGCAACAUGGAAGCCAAUCGUUUCGACCCUAUCUUACGUCUUCAUGUCUGCUACUGACGACACGGUCUUUGCAAGAGUUGUCUCUGGGUUCGAUGAAUGUGCCCGCAUCGCCUCCAAGUACAACAUCACGGAAGCCCUGGAUCAGAUCAUCUACUCUUUGAGUCUCAUGACGACUCUGACGCACGACUCAAUCUCGAAUACCAGCUUGAACACAGAAGUUCAAGUCGAUGAGAAAAAGGUCAUGGUCAGCGAACUCGCUGUCAAAAUAGGACGCGACUUCAGGACUCAACUUGCAUUACUCGUCCUAUUCCGCGUUGUCACGUCUAAGGAGCAUAUCAUCCGGAAAGGCUGGAAAGACAUAAUCCGCAUCUGGCUGAACCUCUUCGCAAACUCACUCGUCGGCUUCCCCAGUGAUCGGAGUCGUCUGGCGAUAUCGUCAAUCCCGCUGCGAAGUCCGUCCCAAGUAAUAGAUCGCGCCGCUAAGCAGAACGACACGGGCCUGCUGCAAGCUUUCUCGAACUUCCUGCAAAGUUACGCAGCUGAUGAUCCGCCUGAGCCGUCGGAAGAGGAAUUGGAUAGCACGCUCAGCACCGUUGAAUGCAUCAAUCAGUGCCAGAUGGAGGACAUCUUUGCACAUCUCUCAAACCUUCCGGAUGACAGCCUCGAGGCCUUGGUUGAUGCCUUACUGGACCAAAUCCCGGAGGACAGCGGGUCUGGAGUGGUCAUCACUGUGAAAGCCGACAACGUCCCCCCGCAUUCUCCUGCUUUGGCCCAGAAACCCCGGAACAACGUGUUGUACGACCCCUCGCUCGUCUAUAUACUGGAACUGAGCACGAUCCUUGCUCUUCGGGACGACCACACAGUCCAGUUACUUGGUAAGCGUGUGGUCGAUGCGCUGCAGGCCAUACUACGUGACAUCAGCAGUUACCACCCUAUUACUGUCUCAAGGACCACUUUCUACUCCUUCAGACUACUUCAGGCCAGCUAUGAGUACGACUUCAUCCGCGCCCCGGUACUACUCCACACUGUAUCGAGCUUCUCUCCAGACAACCUCAAGAAGACUUCCAAACUGGUCCUCCAAGGACUCAAGCUCUGUGUUGACGAGCAGGGUCCGUUGCGAAACGAGACCAUGACCUCGCCUGAUUUUUGGGCCAUCCUGCGCAAUUUAGCAUCCGAGAAGAACUCCGCACCCACGGUAUUUGAGAUUUUGGAGACCGGCGUCAGUCCUUCAUCAACAGCCAUCAUGGCGGACAACUACGAAGCCGCUAUCGGCCUGCUCAGCGAUUUUGCUUCGGCUGCGAGUGCCACUGUGCCCAAAGAACCAAAGGUGGACCCCCGGAGACAGUCACGGAAACCAGCUCGUCCAACCUCUGCGAAGCCAGAGACUCCCAGUGAGAACCCCGCCGUGCAGCGUGGCAUCAAGGCUGUCAACAUCAUCUACAGCAUGACUUCUCGCAUUCCGCAGCUCAUGAAGCAGUCCCACCUGGAGAAUAACGAGGCGUGGUCUGCUUAUUGGCUGCCUAUCUUUGAGGCACUAACAACACAAUGCACAAAUCCGCGCAGAGAAAUCCGCCAACUGGCCUUCAAUUCGCUUCAAAGGGCUUUGUUCUCGCCGGAGCUGACAUCGAGUGACCACCGGGAGUGGACCGCAAUCUUUGGUGAAGUCCUGUUCCCGCUGAUCUUGCGGCUGCUCAAGCCCGAGGUCUUCUCGUCAGACCGUGACGGCAUGAGCGAGACACGGGUUCAAGCAGCUUCUUUGCUGUGCAAGGUCUUCCUGCAGUACCUGGUACUCCUCUCGGAGUGGGAAGGAAUGUUAGAUCUGUGGCUCAAGAUCAUUGACAUUAUGGACCGCCUCAUGAACAGCGGUCAGGGAGACAGUCUUGAGGAAGCUGUUCCCGAGAACCUGAAGAAUGUUCUCCUGUUCAUGUCGAGCAACGGGUAUCUUGUGCCGCCGAGCCAAGAUCCAUCGAAAGAGAAGCUCUGGUCUGAAUCAUGGAAGCGAAUAGACCGAUUUUUACCAGACUUGAGAAAAGAACUUGCUCUGGAGGAGCAAGAGCGACCACAGAGUAAAGGCUCGAAUGAGCCUCCUGCGGCAACUGAAAAGGCGGAGGAUGAGAAAGCAGCAGUGGAAUCCGACAAGGUAGGCAAGGAGGCAUGA